UUGUGGAGAUCAGGGCGCCACUUCCUGCUCUAGUUUCAUCCACCACAGCAGGGCGGGUCUUCAAAUGGCUGCCAUGUUCCUGAGGUGUGGCUCCCACCCCUUAUCGGGCGCGGAAAUCCCACCCACCCUCCGUCCAAGCCCAGCCUCCAGGAAGCCUUCGUCAACUGCACACUGCACCAAGUGUCUCCUGCGGCGGCCCCCAGGUGCCCCCAGAGACUUGCAGCCAGUUACGGAAAUGCACAGUAUGACCCAGCAGCAGUGGGAUCCCCAGGCCCAGGACACAGCUGGGCUCCAGCCCAUGCACUUCUCAGAAGCAGAACCAGAAGGAGGAACCAGCUCAGGUUCUUACCCAGGAGCUACGGCUGGCCAGUUCUGUUCUUCGUCCUUGCCCAACAGAGAAGUCUGGUCAUUCCUCAAAGCCAUUCCUCCGAUUCCAGAUGAGGCCAUAGUCACACGGAAGUCCCCACGUGGUUCCUGGAGGGUUGGCACUCUCCACCAUGGGAAGCGAGUGAGCGCUAUCGCCGUUAGCAGUGCUCCGCACCACGUGUACACAUGUGGUACUGGCUACAUCCGGGUGUGGGAUGAAGAUGCGUUGCAUGCCUCGGACAGAGCGCCUCAGGCCCAGCUGGACUUUCAGGACCCUCAGAACCGUGUACUUACCUGCAAGCUGUUCCCCGAUGAGCAGAGUCUGAUCACAGGGGGAAUGGCCCAGGCUCUUACUCUCUGGGACCUGGCUCCUACACCCCAAAUCAGGGCCCAGAUGGCCUCCACAGGCUCCAUAUGCUAUUCCUUGGCCCUCUCUUCUGAUGCACACAUCUGCUUGGCUUCUUUCAAUGGAUUCGUGGAGAUUUGGGAUGUGCGGAACCAAAUCUUGAUCAGGAAGCAUGAAGUUCCUCCCUACGCAUCCCGCUGCGUGGACAUCACAGGCUUUAAGUUCUGGACAGGUGGUGAAGAUACCAUCCUGUAUUCAUGGGACAUGAGGAGCUACCAGAAGCUGCAGCAACACAGUUUAUGCUAUGAGAUCCUUAGCAUUACCCAUGACCCCAGUGAGGAGUGGGUGCUAGCGGGCUUGAAGAUGAGUGAUAUUGUCAUCCUGCACGCGCACCGCGAGGAGAAAUACAAAGCUGUUGUCCAGAGAUACUCACAACGCCACAACCUCAAGUUUGCCUCUUGUGGGACUUAUUUUGUGGCCACGCUGGAUAGCACAAUCCAUUGUUUAGCGGCCCCUUCUCUCCGAAGGUUGUUCCAGACAGAGGAGUGUGAUGACAUCCUGUGUUGUGACAUGUCCUCGGAUAGCCAGUACCUGGUCACCGGCUGCAGGGAAAGAGCCACAGUAUACCAGCUCUUGUAUUGAAGGUGGUGGGGUACGGCCCUGCCAGGGAAGAACCAAAGAGAUCAGACCACGUGACCUCACAGUGCUGGAUGUCUCCAACACCUGCCUCCUCGACUUCAGCCUUUGUGGCUGGUUAGCUGCACUCCCAGGCUUUGAGUCUAUGGCUUGGGGGCUUUUCUUUUUUUUUUUGUAUUUUCUUUUAUAUUCCCACUCAUUGAUAACUGUUUGGCAAGUCUUUAUGAGAUAUGACUUUGUAAUUAAUAAAAUAGAACAAAACCCAGAA